UCCUCAGGAGAGUCUUCUUCGUCAGCUGAUCCAGGAUCUGAGGUUUCUCUGACUCUCACCAACAAGUUUGACAUCUUCAACGAGUCUGAGGACAGACCAGAUGCCAGAGGACUGGUGAGCACCAAGCAGCUGAUCAUCGAUGUCCGUCAGGUGACUCUCUGACAGACAUGCUGAGAACCUCUGUGUCACAUGACCAGGAAGUGUGUCAUGAUUGGCUGAUACAGCGGCGAGCUCGGCAGGACGCCCGCACGCCUGACAAGAUGAAGACGAACGAGUCGCUGGUCGCCAACGGCAACCUGAGUUUGGAGGAGAAGAAGAGGAAGAUCCUGAGAUGUCUUCGUCGUCUGGAGGGACUCGGAGUCCUGAGAGCCCCCAACCCAGAGGACCAGAUCCUGCAGACGAUCGCCAAGGACAUCCGUCAGCAGCGUGUGCACCGCCAGCGGAGAGGGGUGGAGCUUCAGAAACUCCGUCAGACUCUCAGCAGCCUGCAGGACAAGAGCAGCUUCCACAGCCAGCAGGUGGACUACUACAGACAUUACAUCACUUCCUGUCUGGACCACUUGACUCACAGCAGUAAAUCGACCAAUAAGAAGAAGCUUCCUGCUCUGAGCAACGCCGCCGCCAGGCUGCAGGAGAAAGGAGUUCUGGUGGAGAUCCAGGACCUGCCAGCUACACAGUUUAAGAACGUGGUCUUUGACAUCGUCCCUGGACCGGAGAAAGGAACAUUCAACGUCAAAGCUCGAUUCCUCGGCAUCGAGAUGGAAGAGUUCCCGCUCAAAUACCAGGAUCUAUUGCAGCUGCAGUACGAAGGUGUGGCCGUGAUGAAGAUGUUCGACAAAGCCAAAAUCAACGUCAACCUGCUCAUCUUCCUCCUCAACAAGAAGUUCUUCAAGAAAUGAAGUCCUGCUCUUCUUCUACUCUCCUAUCUCUGGUUUAAUAUCUACAACAGAGUGACCCAUCCUCUCUACUCUCCUAUCUCUGGUUUUAUAUCUACAACAGAGUGACCCAUCCUCUCUACACUCCUAUCUCUGGUUUUAUAUCUACAACAGAGUGACCCAUCCUCUCUACACUCCUAUCUCUGGUUUAAUAUCUACAACGGAGUGACCCAUCCUCUCUACACUCCUAUCUCUGGUUUUAUAUCUACAACGGAGUGACCCAUCCUCUCUACACUCCUAUCUCUGGUUUUAUAUCUACAACAGAGUGACCCAUCCUCUCUACACUCCUAUCUCUGGUUUUAUAUCUACAACAGAGUGACCCCUCCUCUCUACACUCCUAUCUCUGGUUUUAUAUCUACAACAGAGUGACCCAUCCUCUCUACGCUCCUAUCUCUGGUUUAAUAUCUACAACAGAGUGACCCAUCCUCUCUACGCUCCUAUCUCUGGUUUUAUAUCUACAACGGAGUGACCCAUCCUCUCUACUCUCCUAUCUCUGGUUUAAUAUCUACAACAGAGUGACCCAUCCUCUCUACUCUCCUAUCUCUGGUUUUGUAUGCUACUACAUCAUGUUUUAAUAUAUCUCAUAACUAACUAACCAAUCAGCUAAGCUUUAUCAACAUGUUAUUGCUGCAUUAUUGCACAUUUUAAUAAGGGAACCAAAUAGUUAAAUAAUCAUGAGACAGGGUUAGUGUUGGGCAUCUUCUCUACACUCCUAUCUCUGCUGUUAUGUCACUACGUUAUCUUUUAUAUAUAUUAUAUAUCUAUCUCUAUAUACGUCACUGUACUUGUGUUUGUCUCUCACUCUCAACGUGUAGUUCUGCUUCCUGUCUGUGUUUUAAUCUCACUAGAGUUUAAACAGAGUGAAGCAUCUUCUCUACACUCCUAUCUCUGUUUUUAUACGUAUAUUCUAUGUUUCCUGUUUUUAUUUCCUGCUAAUCAGACAGAGUGAGACAUCCCUCUGGCUCCUAUCUCUGCUCAGGUUUAUUAUUAAUAAACAGACACCAGCUGAUAAUUUAAGAGAUAUCAUGUACCUUCAACACUAGUCUUAUUUUGGAGGGUGUAGUUUCUUCGAGGCCAUAAAUCAGGAACCAGAAUCUGAGUUAUGAUAUGAUCUUUGAGUUUAAAUACAUUUUAGAAAAGAAGCUGCUCUGAUCUAUAACUGUACAUAUUUUCUGUCACUUUCUGUUUUCUCUCUUUUACUUUUCUUUUUGAAGCAUGUUAAUAAUAAUAAAUUGAAUUUCUGU